UUAUGCUCAUCCAUUAUGGAUGAGAAAUACUUAGAUCAUUUAUGCUCAUCCAUUAGGGAUGAUAAAUACUUAGUUCAUUUAUGCUCAUCCAUAAAGGAUGACAAAUACUUAGUCCAUUUAUGCUCAUCCAUAAAAGAUGACAAAUACUUAGUUCAUUUAUGCACAUCCAUAAAGGAUGACAAAUACUUAGUCCAUUUAUGUUCAUCCAUAAAUGAUGACAAAUACUUAGUCCAUUUAUGUUCAUCCAUAAAUGAUGACAAAUACUUUGUUCAUGUAUGCUCAUCCAUAAAGGAUGAUACAUACUUAGUCCAUUUAUGUUCAUCCAUAAAGGAUGACAAAUACUUAGUCCAUUUAUGUUCAUCCAUAAAGGAUGACAAAUACUUAGUCCAUUUAUGUUCAACCAUAAAGGAUGACAAAUACUUAGUCCAUUUAUGUUCAACCAUAAAUGAUGACAAAUACUUAGUCCAUUUAUGUUCAUCCAUAAAGGAUGACAAAUACAUAGUCCAUUUAUGCUCAUCCAUAAAGGAUGACAAAUAUUUAGUCCAUUUAUGUACAUCCAUAAAGGAUGACAAAUACUUUGUUCAUGUAUGCUCAUCCAUAAAAGGUGACAAUGACCUAGUUUAUUUACAUAAAGGAUGACAAAUACUUAGU